AACUGAUACGAUUGGUCAAGGCUACGAUGGAUCGAGUGAUGUGCGUUGUUCGAGUAUCGGGGAUAAACUCGAGUCCCUUCGAAACUCGCAGAGGGCUACGGCAAGGUGAUGGCCUUUCGUGUCUGCUAUUCAACAUUGCUUUGGAGGGUGUGAUAAGAAGAGCGAGGAUAGACACGAGUGGCACGAUUUUCAAUAAGUCCGUCCAGCUACUUGGUUUCGCUGAUGAUAUUGAUAUUAUAGCACGCAACUUUGAGAAGAUGGAAGAUACGUACAUCGGACUAAAAGCUGAGGCCAAGCGGAUCGGACUAGACAUCAAUGUGUCAAAGACAAAGUACAUGAAAGGCAGGGGCUCGAGAGAAGAUAACGUCAGCCACUCAUUACACAGUUCUGAUUGGUGGUGAUGAAAUCGAAAUGGUCGACGAGUUCGUGUACUUGGGCUCACUGGUGACUGCCGAUAAUGACACCAGCAGAGAAAUUCAGAGACGCAUAUUGUCAAGAAAUCGUGCUUACUUUGGAGUGCGCAGGACGCUUCGAUCGAGCAAAAUUCGCCGUCGUACGAAGUUAACUAUCUACAAAACGCUGAUUAGACCGGUUAUCCUCUACGGGCAUGAGUCCUGGACAAUGCUUGCGGAGGAUCAACGCGCACUAGGUGUUUUUGAACGGAAGGUGUUGCGAACCAUCUUCGGCGGUGUUCGGAUGGAAGACGGUACGUGGAGAAGGCGAAUGAACCAUGAACUGCACCAGUUGCUGGGAGGACCAACCCUCGUCCAAACGGCCAAGGUCGGGCGGUUACGGUGGGCCGGGCAUGUUGUUAGAAUGUCGGAGAACAACCCGGUUAAAAUGAUCCUCUAUAAUGAUCCGACCGGUAUAAGAAGAAGAGGCGCGCAGCGGGCAAGAUGGAUCGAUCAGAUUGAGGACGACCUGCGGACCCUUCGCAGCUACCGAGGCUGGCGGCGAACAGCCAUGAACCGAUUUGAAUGGAGACGCCUCCUGUAUACAGCAGAGACCCGCGUGGUCUACGACUGAAAGAGUAAGUAAGUAUUGUUCUGCAAAUAGAUUCCGCCUAAAUUCAAAUAAAGAAUCUGAAAUGUGUCGCAUUUUCAUUGGUACAAACAUGGUUAACAUCUGCAGUACCCUUCAACUAACACGAUUUUAAUAUUAUCCGCUUGAAUCGAUAACCUACAGUUGUCACAUGUCAAGUCCCAAAUGAAUGGCAAAUGCUUCGAGGAUCUUGAUUAGACAUCGACGGCUUUGUGAUAUACUGGAACUUCUUCCAGCACCGACGUCAGCUUUAGGAGACCUUCAUAAGGGGGUUGUCUUCACGAUGAUAACAGAUUAUCUAUGAUCUGUGAAUGAUGCCAAUGAUGAUGGUUCGUUUAUCAACCGUGCGUAAUCCAGGCCCCAAUAUUUCUCUUAACCUCUUGUCCAGUAACUCCUAUUCCUACCUAACUGCAGUGCAGGGUGGGGUACGUGAAACCAUAGAUAGAAAGAUCGGGUAACCAACCCCGGUGGGACCUUGGUCGUAUGCUGAGAGGGAAGAGAGCGAGCCUACCCGAGUGUCUGUUUCCUAUGUUAGGAGCGGGUGAUUACCGUCCUUGUGUCAGUGUGGGUCUCUAAACAGUGCUGGCACGAUGGCCCUCCGGCGAGACAGGAGGUUGGUGCAGGCCCGGAAAACACUUGUUACGAAUAAUCAGGAUAUAAAUACGACUCGGAAUAAUCGGCAAAGACCUAGGCGAUGAACAAAGGACUACGAUUGGAAGUUUGGCACAUGGAACAGCAAAUUGCUUGGCUUUCCAUGAUACGACCGAAUGUUGCAUGAUGAGCUUCAAAUCCGCGGCUUCGAUGUCGUAGCACUGCAGGAACUUCAUUGGAUGGGACAGAAGGCGGGGAAAAGUGGGCAUCGAGCGACUACCUUCUACCAGAGGUAUGGCACAACCAGCGUUCUAGGAACAGGAUUUGUAGUGUUGGGCAAAAUGCGCCAGCGCGUGAUUGGGUGGCAGCCGAUCAGUGAUAGAAUGUGCGUAUUGAAGAUCAAGGGCCGUUUCUUCAAUUAUAGAACUUCAAAAUCAAUGGGCACUGCCCUUAUGACCCGAGACCCGAUAACGAGAAGGAAGCAUUUUACGCGCAGCUGGAACGAAUCUACGACAAUUCGUCAUCGGCGACAUGAAUGCUCAGGUAGGCCGGUGAUAAUGUACAGACCCGUGAUCGACAACGACAAACGACAACGGAUAACGAUCCGUGAACUUUGCAGCCUCUCGAGGAAUGUUAGUUCGAAGCACCUUCUUCCUCCGCAAAGAUAUCUACAUAGCCAUCUGGAGAUCACCUAAUCAAUAUACGGAAUAUUAAACCACGUUCUCAUCGACGGGCGAUUCUUCUCCGACGUCAUCAAUGUCGGCACUUAUCGCAGUGCCAACAUUGAUUCUGACCACU